CAAUUCUGAGGGACCUUAAAGCCUUCAUCUGUGCCCAUCAAACCUUAUGAAGAAAACGUCUUCCAUACCGGAGUGUGUUAGCUACGAGCCCAGCGAACGUUAGUGUCCGAGGAAGGAGAGCAUGCGAAUGGAUUGCGGUGUAAAUAUGGCUGCAGAGUCCGGUGGUCACAUGCUGAAUUAAUCCGUGAAAUACCCCCCAAAGAGGGAAUUUCAAAUGACUGGAGCUCUUUCUCUGGCUUUAACUGCACUCUUUGUGUUGGUGCUAAUUAGCCUCGAGUGUCGAUUGACGCAUGCGUCAACGCAGACGCAACAAGGAUUUCCAAUCGAUGACCGAGGUGAGAGCAUCAGCGGCGCCUCCCGUCGGACUUUUCCGUAACAAUGGCCGACAAAUCGAAUGCCCAGAAAAGUGUCAAAAUAGCCGCUGGAGCCGUGGUUUGUGUUGAAAGCGAAAUCAGAGGAGAUGUUACUAUUGGCCCUAGAACAGUGGUCCAUCCAAAAGCUCGUAUCAUUGCAGAAGCAGGACCCAUCGUGAUUGGAGAAGGCAACUUGAUCGAAGAGCAAGCUCUGAUCAUUAACAGUUACCCUGAAAACAUCACACCAGACUCUGAGAUGGAACCAAAGACAAUGACUAUUGGGAUCAAUAACGUGUUUGAAGUUGGCUGUGUAUCACAAGCUUUAAAAAUAGGUGACAACAACGUGAUUGAAUCUAAAGCUGACGUUGGUAGAAAUGUGAUCCUCACCAGUGGCUGUAUCAUUGGAGCUUUCUGUCAGGUCAACACCUGUGAGGUCAUACCUGAGAACACAGUCAUCUAUGGCUCUGGCUGUAUGAGGAGGGUUCAGACAGAGAGACCUCAGCCCCAGACUCUUCAGCUUGAUUUUCUGAUGAAGAUUUUGCCAAACUACCACCAUUUAAAGAAAACUAUUAAAGCAGGCCACACUGCUAGUUAAAAAUGACUGUUUUACAUCCUCAAUUAAUUGUAAAUGACUAGCAAAAUCAUAUUUAAACAAAUUUUGUUGAAAGAAAGCAUGAUUGUAUAUAUAUUUCUCAGCCUGUCAGUAAUUGUUCCUCUUUGAUAUUUUCUACUCUCAGCACCAGCAGAAGAAACAUUUGCUGUGCCAGUGCACCAUUUUCUGAUGUUGAAGGCUUUUAAUAUGUCACUGGCGUACUUGGUGUAUUGACUAAAUAAUCUAAUAAACGUAAGGCAGUA